AUGCCUCCACCGCCUGUGCCCUCCCCAAGCAGCAGCAAACCCAACAAGAAAGCAAAGUGCGCUAUGCCCCCAAUGCCGGUCCCAGAUCCAGCACCACCUGUUUUGAAGAAAGCCAAAAGUGAGAUCAUGGGAGACAAGGCAUUUGCAGUCAAAGGGGUGGGUAUGGGACGACCUCCAGCCACACCGCAGACCAAAGGUGAUGGUUGUGAUCCCAAGCGCGCAGCCCCACCACCUCCAGGCAUCAUGCAGCCUAUGGUGCUCAAAACACCACCUGUACCGCCCAAACUCCAGGCUUACGUGAGAGAACCAGUUCCAAGUCUUGUCAAAACGGAGUUGACACCAACGCCUACUCAGAAUGCAGCAGCAGCCUUACGACGACAAAAGCCACGUCCAUCGACAAAGGUGGAGCCAGAACAUGAAGAACAUGGGGGGGUCACAUCUUCCAGCCCUGAUGACACACCAACAGCAAGCCCUCCUAAGGCUACCAGCCCUGUGGUCGCACCAAAGGCAACCCCGAUGCUCAAAGCACCCCCUCCCAAAGCGCCAGCGACCACACCUGCAGCACCCAGCCCUGAAGCCACGAGCCCAGCACCUGUGGUCACACCAGUGGCCACCGCACCUAAGCCAAAGCCUAUGGUCACACCCAUCGCCAAAGCACCCAGCCCGGCCGAAGCUACGGGCCUAGCACCUGUGGUCCCUCCCAUGCCUGAAGCUCCAAGCAACUCAGCAGAGAUUGAACGGGAGAACCGUGUUCGAUCUUGGACAUCCAAAAUGGACGAUCAGGAGACCACCAAAUGGAUCCAGCAAUGCAAAGGUGACCCUUUGUUUCCACAAUUUGAACAAUGGAGACGGAAGACAGUCUUCGACGCGGGGCCAAACGAAAGCAUUCCGGAGUUUGGGGAGGAUGACGAGGAAGAAGAACUAGUUUCCUUCCUUCUUUGGAAAGAAGAACAUGAGUCAAAGCCCAGCCCAGACAACGCUUUGCCAGACCCAAACCCACACGAGACAGCAAGCAUUGCAGUUCCUGACCCGGACGCUCCACGGAGGCAUGUGUCUUUCUCACAGGAAGUCACCAUCCACGAAGCUCCAGCAGUCCCCAAUACGGCAGUCCCACCAGCACCACCGUCCAUCCUCAAAUUACCCAAGACUCCAGCACCUGUGCCACCCACACCACCCACACCGCCCACGCCUCCACCACCCAAAGCAUCCCCCACACCUGUUGCAGCUGCUGCGAUGCCGGCUGUGGUGCCGGCUGUGGUGCCGGCUGUGGUGCCGGCUGUGGUGCCGGCUGCUUCCACUGCUAUGGUGCCGGCUGGUUCCAUGGCCAACCAGAUCCAAGCUCCUGCUGGAGAGGUGAAGUUUGACACGUACAAUCAGAGGCAAGCGCAGUACGUCCAAAUGAAGAGGCAGUUGGAAUGCCCCGAGAACUAUGAGAUUCCAUCCGAGAUUGUGGCUCAGCAUCAAGUGCUCCAGGAUGAGAACAUCGUGAACAGAAUUGUGGACCAGAAGACUCGUUCGAAUGAAUAUAAGGAACACCCUGAUGCCCCAGGAGAUUUGAGCGCAACUUUGUUCUAUGUGCUCAUCGACAUGGAUACCAUUGAUGAAGACGAACAUGCAGAUCAAAUCUCUUUGGGUGUGUCUGGUGUGGCACAUGGCGAGCAGGUGCCUCCCGUUGCUGAAAGAAUGGCAUCUCCUGCUGCAUUGGCAGCCUUGGGUGCCAACGUGAUGAAUGCCCCGGUCCAUCUCCAGUUCCCAAAAGCUGAAGGGCAAGUGGCGGAAGGUGCACCGGGAUCGCAUGGGAAUGAAAUGCCAGAGGAAGGCCGCCCAAAGGCAAUGUGGAUUCUGAACAAGAUCAGUACGGACUUGCAAGGCAAAAGCUUUGUGGGCCACGCCGAUGAACUGGAGCGAUCUUUCUUACAGCUCACAAAGUUGACUGUCAACAAGGCCGCGUGCACUCUUGCGAUUCAGCGCAUGGAACUGUACUCCGAAGAUGCUAAGGAAGCCUUGACGUUGGAAAAGGCUUCCAAAUCUACCAGACAAGUCAAGGGCCUCCCGGGCGGCAAGCAAAUGAUGGCCCAGUCGGCAAGUGAUGGCAGUGAUGGAUUCCACCGACGCCGUGCUGCAGCUAUAGCAUCAGUGAGUGCCAGUUCCCAGGAGCCACCAUGCAAAAGACCUCGGCUGACGCCACAUGAGACGGCAAAGAUCUUGCAAGCGAGGACUAGGGUCAAUUGCCCCAAGCCCAAAGUUCAACAAAUGGCAUCUUCAGCUGUUCAAUGGUGUGAGAAGAAAGGUGGAGUGGUUGGAAAUGAUGACUUGGUGAACCGGAUGUCCCGGCUUGGCACCGAAGGCCCUGCUGCCAUGCGUGCGUUCCGCACGGCUAUGAAAGAGGGGGUGCAGCCACUCCACUCGGUGAAGCUCUGUUUGGUGGGCCAUGCACGGGCUGGAAAGACCUCCACGUUGCGUUCUCUCUCCGGCAGGGACUUCAACCCGAAGCAGCAGAGCACCCAUGGUGUGGAAACCAAGAGCUGUACGCUCGACAAGGAGCUCUGGACCCCCGGGAAGCCAGGCUCCGAGAUCAACGGGGCGUGGCAAGAGCUGUCGGAAGGUCUGGGCUCUGUGGCGAAGCUCCUUGAGGAGAAGGUGGCCAUUACUGUGGCCGACACCAUGAAGGCCCAGGCCAGUCUGGCUGCGGAAAUCCAGGAUGCUUCUCCGAGUUCUCCGAGCGUCAAGGGUAGGAGCACAGGCGACGCCUUGGCCGAGGACACGGUGCUGAUGAUCCAGCGCGCCAUCUCGGGGGAAGCAUUGGCAAAACGAGCCGAAGAGGUGGUGGUGCAGACGUGGGACUUUGCUGGCCAAGAGAUGUACUACAACAUGGCGCACGUGUUCCUGACAGCUCUGGGCAUCUACGUCUUGGUUCUGGACCUAUCGGCUUGGCUUCAUGCCACGCCGGUGGAGAAAGUCGAAUCGAUGGAUUUUUGGUUGGCCGCUUUACUGGUCCAUGCGAAAGACGCCUGGCUGGUCAUUGUCGGAAGUCAUGCUGAUGCCAUCGAAGAGUCCAUGCGCCAGGAAGUUUAUGACCGCCUUGACUUUCAUCUUCAAAAACGCUUGCGGCACCACAACAUGCUGGGGAAUCAAGAAGAUGGGCUGCUGUUCUUUCCUGUGGACAAUCAGCAAAAUACGCCGGAGAGCCUUCGAAGCAUCCAACAUCUUCGACGAGAGGUGAGCGCCUUGGCCUCGAAGGUGGCCCAGGAGCUGGGGACGAUCCCCACGCGCUGGGCGCAUUUCUUCCACCGCCUGGAAGGCCUCCAUGAGCCCUGCAUCGCCCUGGAUCGCUGCCGCACCUUGGCGGCGGAGUUGGACAUGGAUGGCCAGCAGCUGGAGCUCUUCCUAGGACUUUUCCAUCGCUUGGGGCAGCUGCUAUACUUCAAGGGAUCUCCUGCGGUGGUCUUGACACCCCAGUGGCUCCUAGAUGCGAUGGCACAGGUGAUGGCGUGCCCGGCGGUGUUGAAGACGGAUCCUUUUCGCUCCAAGGCUUUGCGACAGGAAGGACUUCUGCAGAAGGACCUUUUGGAGGUUCUGUGGAGAGAUCCCAAAUUUCAAGGGCAGCAGAGAGUUCUGCAAUCAUUCUUGGAACAUUUCGACUUGCUGAUCCCGAAGGGUGAGGAUGGUUGGCGGGUGCCCAGUUUGUUGCCAAGACGACCGGAGAAGAUGAUCCCUUUGGAUGCUCCAGUCUGUGUGCUGCUGGACUUCAAAGGAGCCUUCCGACGGCUCCUCAGCACGUUGAUCCCCAGGCUCCUGUGCCAAUUGGAAAAACGCCCUGUCAUUGCAGAGAUUCCUUUUUCAGAGCACUGGCGCAGCACGCGGGACGUGUUGCUGCGGGGCAGGAAGGCGGAAAACUACGAGUUCUACGACAGGCAUGGCAAUCGACUGAGUGGAGUCGCGGAGGUCCCGGAGGGUGGAUUUCCGCUGGAACUUCGGCAUCGCCAGGAGUUUAAGGUCCACAAGAUCUUCCGCGACUAUGCCAAGUGUACCCUCAGUCAGACGUCCAGUCAGACGCGCGAGACCAUGGUGACCUUUGAGGUCAUGGAGUGGCAGGAGCUGAUGCGAGUGGAGGUGGAAAGCCACGAUGCCAUCGUGGUGAAGGACGUGUUGGAUUCCUUACACGUAGCCAUUUGUGCCUGGCUACCGGAAGUUUCCUAUUCGACUGGAUUGCCCUGCCCGUGUGGCGUGGUUCAAUCUGGCCAUCUGCUGGAGCUCAGUAAGCUGUUGAAAGAGGACAGCGUUUUCUGUGACCAGAAAGAACGUUCGGUUGAAGCGCGGCCAGAAGAAGCAAAGAUGAUACAGCAGUGGAGGCAACUGGAACGUGGGGAUUGCGCUGAAAUUCCACCAGGUCCUAAAGAAUCGCGGCUGCCGUGGUCGGGAAGUGCUGCGUGGCAUUUCAUGUACGCAUCGCCCUUGGAAUACCGACGGCAACGCAUUCCACAGCUGAAUGUGGUGCAGGAGUUGGACGUGUUGCCCAAUGGGCCGUGGCAAGUGGCAGUGUGCACGCCCAACGCAUUGAUUGAGACGCUGCAGGAGCGUCCAGUGGUGCUCCAUGUCACGGCGCACAGUAGCGCUCUGCCGCCCAAGAUGGGCCAGGGCGGAGACUCCAGGCGCGCCUUGCUGUUGGAAGACGCCUUUGGAAGUGGAAGUCUGCUGGAUGUGAAACAGUUGCUGGAACUGGGCCCUUGGCAGGACGUGGGACUUCUGGUCUUGCUAACAUGUUACUCGAAACAGUUGGUGGAAGCUUUGAACUGCCGCUUCGCCGUUUGCUGCAUUCACCAGGUCAGAGAUGCCGCGGCGCGUGAAUUUUGCCGCACUUUCUACCGUUGCCUCGCCACGCACGGUGCCGCCAAAGACGCCUUCCACGCCGCACAAUGCGCGGUGCGCUGCAGCAGCGACGCAGGGCUGCGCAGCGAGGCGGAGAAUUUUCAUUUCGUGUCCCGCUGUAGUGAUCUGCUGGACGUGAGAGCACGGUCAGCCCUGGCCGAUCGGCCGUGGGUCUGGCCACGGACCUCGCGGGUCGAGGACUUUCGAUGUCAGGUCACUCAGAUGGUCCGCAUGGCCAAAUGCCUGUCAAACGCGGAUGGACAUCGGAGGGUCAUCUUGUUGCUGGGUGCACCGGGCGCUGGGAAGACGGCCACCUGCCGGGAGUUCUGCAACCACUUCAGCGGGCCGGGGCGUCUCUUUGGCGGCCGUGUGCUGUUCCUGCAGAGCCAGGUCCUGCGAGGCGCAGCCAACACGGCCGGCGGCUCGAUGGAGGAUUUCCUGCGCCAGGCAUUGACGGAGAUCUCCACCACGGUCCAGGGUCAAGGGCUCUCUCUUCUGGUGAUCGACGAUCUUCACAUCUUCCAGGAGGUGGAGAAACAUGAGCUCCGAUUGGCCUUGGAAGGUGCCUUAAGACUUUUGGAGUCCCUGCGUGUGCUGCUGACCUCACGCUGUGCUUUGGGAGGCGGCUGGGACAGCUUGGAGCAUAGCAAAAUCGUCUUGGAAGAACUCGCAACGCUUCCCAGCGAGGACUUCAUUUUUUCUCGUGGGGCCCGUGGGGGGAUGGGCUGA